UGAGCUGACUACUCACUAUGACAGUUUCACUUUUGACAUUUGACUAAUUAGCGUUAUAAAAUUUUGAUUUAACGACAACUGUUAACAGGAAGUUUAAAUAAUCACAACAACAAAAUUUUAAAUUUAAUUAGAUUGAUUUUCAAUUUGUCGCGUAAAUAUGUUACCGUAUGUUUGACCGUGUUUUAUAAACAGUCUUGACCGUUACUCAACAUGUCUAACAUAGAGGAAGAUAACAGACUCACUGCCCCAUGGGUAGGUCAAACAUCAUAUAAAAACGGUUUAACUAUUGUUGUUCUUGCUGUAAACCGUGAUAUAGUUGAGAAUAUAUCAGAAGCUUUGAUCCACGUUCACAGAAAAGAAGACUUUAAAUGGAAAAUUAUUGUUCUACGCUGUAUAGAUUUGGAAAGGAUCAUCAGUCAGUCUGAUGUUACAGGAAGGGUUGGAAUAGAUUUCAUGGUCAUUGCUAUAGAUUUAAGCACCAUUUUUUGUAUUGAAUGGGUAAAGAAAAUGCUAGAUAAAGUCCACCCAGAUUUAAAAAUGCGUCGAGUGGUAUUGGUUAAUCCUUGUGGCCUUUCUGUUGAUUCAAUGGCUGUGAAUACAAGUGACGUUUUAUCAUUUUGUAAAGAAAACAAAUUAGAAAUGAUAAAUGCAAAUGUUGCAAAAAUGGAUGAAGUAGAACAUUUAGCUUUGAGGUUGUUGAAUUAUAUUGGAGCAUCAAUUGGUUACAGAACAGGAAUACCUAAUCUAAAUCUAAUAUAAAAGCUAGAUUUGUUUGAAAUUUGAUAUAAUGGAGACUGAAGCCUAGACAAGGUUGCUGAUAAUUAAAUAUCCAAGGUUGAAUGCUAGUGAAAACAUCACAAUUGUUAUAUUGUAUAUGAUGCAGAACUAUAUAAAAAUAUUCUAUAAUUUAUAGAAUUAUUAAAAAUCAAGAGAAUAUGAAACAAUUAUGUAAUUUUAAUCGGUACUUAUAAAGAAAGAUAAUGCUGGUCAAUAUUAAAUUUCAUAAAAUAUGAA